AUGGCCACAAAAGCUCCCCGAGAAGUAACAAUCGUCCAGCCGGCCCCCAGCCAUGACGGCUCAUCUACCUUCGCGGCAUUCUUCGUCUUGGAAACCAGUCGAAACCCGGACGCCGCUGACCAACGGCCCCGGUUUGGCCUGGUCAUCUACGACACUGCAACUGGCGCGAACGCGACCCGGGCUGGGAGGCUGGCGCGCGUCAUGUUCGAUCGCACCAUGAGCGAACGCAGGAGAGCUGAGAACGAACCGGACAGGAUUGAGGUCGUCGCGCUCAUAACGUCUACCGAAUCCGCCCUCCUGACGCCCCGCGACCGCGCUGAGGAAUGUAUUCGCCACUUUGAGCAGGAGAGGAACAACCGUCUCACCAUUGCUGAUCUAGUGGAUGCCAAGUCGUGGUUUCUCCCGGAGCGUAUUAAUGAUGAAUGGUACGCCUGGGGGAUCAUCGUAAUUGACCGCCUAGAGGAGCAAUGGGAGGGGGCUCUGGGCUACUUGGAGGACCACCCUAACAAGGAUUCACAUGCCGUCUUGGAGGAGGACGCCUUCAACAGCCCGUUUGGGAGUUUCAUCGCAGUCUACUGGCAGCCACGCGAAGAGAUGUGGGAACGUUGCGAGGAGCCUGUGUCGCCUGAAGCACGUGUUUGGUUGAAUCGGAUGAAAUUGGAGUUAGUUGGGCGCAUGCUGGGAGCCGAGGGAUUGUCGCGGAGCGUCAGUAGGUUCUAUGGGCACUUUUUGCCAGAAGGAAUAUUGGAUCGAGAGUUGGAAGCGACUAGAAUAAGGACAUAG